CAUUUUCUUCCUAUUUGCUUCGUUGUUGUCAACUUCUGGAAGCCCCUCUCAUUGAUCGCAACGUGUAUCUUCAUUCUCCUGCGCAAUUUAAUGAAUAGUCAAUCCUCUUCGAAUCUUCAACGAUCUUCUUCGUAUAUUUAAUAGGUUUCGGUCAAAUGAAAACAUCACCUCUGGCUCUUCCUAUAUAGUUGUAAACUUUACAUCGUUAAACAAAAAAUUCUAUUUCGCUUCCUUCUCCUCUGCUUCAAGACCUUUCUUCACCACCAUCAUUCCCAUUUUACAGAUAUGGAUACCAACCGGAGAACUCACCCGGAUUGCAAAUAUUCUAGAAACCCCUUCCAUGAAUGUGCUUCUGAUUGUGUAGAGAAGAUUGCUCAAGGCAAUGGAAAGAAGAAUUCAAAGAAGCAAGCCUCAAAGGUUCUUAGCCUCCCAGGGAGUUUUGGUAAGAAAAAGACAGAAUCACACCCACCGUCACCUCUUAACACAAGGCAGCAUCAGAACGGUACUGCCAAUUCGCCAAGAGUUCAUCAAUCAAGACCUUCACCAAUAGCUGUGAAGAAGACAACGGUUCCCGAAAGUAACAAAUCUUUCCCCUCUUCACCGGCUGAUGAAAUCUCUGUUGACCUCAACGGUCAGCAUGAUUCUUUCAACCAUAGGCCAGAGAAGCCCUUGAAGACGGUUCCUCUAUCCCCAAACAACAUGGCUGAUCGUUACAAAACUGUAUCACCAAGACCUCGAGGAGGGUAUGAGCACAACGGCAAGAAUGAAACAGCCAGUGAGAUUAGUGAAUUCAAUGCUGUAAGCCCUCCAAGGUCUUACGUCAAUGAUGAUGAUGAUGAUGAGGAAGGUGUAGAGCUCGACCUUCAAUCAGUAAUGUCGGACACAUGUGUUUCGGUUGGAAAAUACCGUGUGAGCUCUGGUGUCUCCACAAUCCUACAGUCAAUCAUCGACAAACACGGAGACAUAGCUGAAAACUGCAGGCUAGAAUCAGCAUCGAUGAGGUCCAGAUACCUAGAGUGCCUAUGCUCGCUGAUGCAAGAACUUGGAUCAACUCCGGUCGCGCAGUUGACCGAACUUAAAGUGAAAGAGAUGCUUGCGGUUAUUAAGGACUUGGAGUCUGUGAACAUCGAUGUUGGUUGGCUACGUUCUGUUCUUGAGGAGUUUGCUCGGUUUCAAGAGAACGCAGACGCGGAGAAAGAGAGACAAGAAGAAUCACUGAGGUCUAAGAAACAAGAACUGGAGAUUCAGGAAGCAGACUUAGCCAAGAUAGAGGAGGAAGCAAGGGAAGCGAGGUUGAGGGUGGAGGAGAUGAAGGCGGAGCUGGCUGAGCUUGAGACAGAGCGGUCGAGGAUGGAAGAGAUGGGUUUUAAGGUUGAGAAAUUUAAAGGGAGGUCGUUUCUUGAUGAGCUUCUUUGAUGUUAAUAAGAGUAAUUAAACUCAAUACUCCAAAAGUAUAACGUUUAAGUUUGAUAUUGUUCUUUUAACAGUCAUUAAAUGUGAACGAUAUUACAGUUCCUAGUGAGUUGAUUACUAUUCACAGAGGGUAUUAUUUUCUUGUUUAAUUCUUUUGUACCUGUGACAAUAAAUUACCUCGUUCUUAUUAUAAUAGGUUUCUGAAUA